AUGCAGGCCAGAUGGGUCUUCCAGGUGCUGAGAUGUUUGGCGCAGAUGAUGGGUGCACCUCCGAGUGAAGAUGCGAUCGCUCAAAUGAUGGAUGAUCCCAACAUUCGCCAAACGAUGAACGAAGCUCUCAACAACCCAGACCUUGUCAAUAUGAUGAUUCAAAAUACUCCAAUGCUUAGAAAUAUGCCAAAUGCGCGAGAAAUGUUACAAUCGCCAAUGUUCCGAAACAUGCUUACAGAUCCAAACGCUCUUCGUCAAGCUGCUGCGAUGAGAAGGCAAAUGGCAGGAGGCGGAGCAGGUGGUUUUCCUGCGCCGGGAGUUACGGAUACGACACCAGCUGGAGCUGCAGGGAGCACACCAGGAAGUGUUCAGGCAAACAUACCACCUUUCAACCCUUUUGCGAUGCCUGCUGGAGGCGCUGGCAAUCCAUUCGCAUCACUUUUCGGUGGACCGGGAGCAACUGCCGCUGGUCAUACUCCUGCUCAAACUCCCCCAACCGCGGCUUCUGCUGGAGGAACACCGUCAACUGGUGCCGAUGCCAAUGCACCAAAUCCUUUCGCUUCAUUAUUCGGAGGAGCGGGUGCCGGCGCAGGUGCAGGUGCAGGUGGACCGGGAUUUAAUCCAUUUCCAGGAAUGCCACAACCAACACCAGAACAAAUACAACAAGCAAUGGAAAUGAUGCGAAACGGAUCGUUUGGGGAUAUGUUCGGCGCUGGUGGAUUUGGGGGUAUGGGUGGAAUGGGUGGUGCAGCUCCGGGUGCUCCAGCAGCUCCAGCAGACACUAGGCCACCUGAGGAGAGAUAUGCCGAUCAACUUAGACAAUUGAACGACAUGGGAUUUUUUGAUUUUGACAGAAACGUGGAAGCCUUAAGAAGGAGUGGAGGAAGUGUACAGGGUGCCAUCGAGCAAUUACUCAGCUAG